GAAAAUAUAAGAGAAAAUAUCUGAGGAGUAAGAUAGAAUCAAAUAGUUCUGAUACCAACUUAGAAAAACAUAUCAUCUGAACUAAAAAAACAUCAGCACGGUUUUAUUCGAAUUAAAGUUCUGGUGUUACCUGUCUGAAGCUGUUCUUUGGGAUAUGGCUGCACUUACUUCCUUCAAUCCACAGUCUUCAUCCUCUUGCCUCUAUCAUAAGUUUCAUGCUGCCCCUCUUGCAUACAAUAUGAGCCCAAAUAUUGAAUCAAGUUCUUGUUUCACAAGAAGAUCGUCUAAUAGAAGAAAGAGUACAAGCAUCUGUAGAGGACUUACAAUUCAAAAUGCAGCAACAAAGCCGGCAAAAUCACCAGCUGAAGAAGAUUGGAAGACCAAGCGAAAAGUGCUGCUUGAGAAGAAGGUAAGGAGCGUGGAGGCAAAGGAAGCAUUGCGACUUCAAAAUGAAAACAACUUUGUCAUUCUUGAUGUACGGCCAGAAGCAGAGUUCAAAGAGGGUCAUCCUAAGGGUGCUAUUAAUGUGCAAGUAUACCGACUGAUAAAGGAGUGGACAGCAUGGGACAUUGCCAGAAGAGCUGCAUUUGCAUUCUUUGGCAUCUUUUCAGGGACAGAAGAGAACCCUGAAUUUCUACAGAUUGUGGAGUCGAAACUAUCCAAGGAUUCAAAAAUUAUAGUAGCUUGCACAGCCGGAGGAACAACAAGACCGUCACAAAAUCUUCCGGAAGGGCAACAAUCCAGGUCACUUAUUGCAGCAUACCUGCUGGUCCUCAAUGGCUACACUAAUGUGUAUCACUUGGAAGGAGGGAUUUAUAACUGGUUCAAAGCAGGCCUACCUGUAGAAGCUGAAGAAUGAACUUCAGAAAAAUAGAUGAGCUUAUGCAUGGACGGAUUAGGGUUAGGGUUUAGUUCAAUGGACAGAAAUGUGUGUGUAAUGAGCGCGAUAAUUGUUUCAGAAGUAAAUCUGUUGUUAGCA